GUUCAUUCAGCACCACAGCAACUGAACAGCGACCGCGGCGCGCAUGCCAAUAACGGAGACGCGCACUGUUUAUUCAAACGUUCAGGAUGAAAGUGGACAGAUGAAGCUGUUUUAUUCAAAGUUCAGCGGUCUAUUCAAUUUCAUUCGGAUGCUUUUCUUGUCCAUGCGGAUUAUUUAUGCUUACGGAAGGUUUACGCUAUAACGUAACGCAACGUCAGAUGUGAUGUGAUCGAAAGCAACAUUCCACAGGCGUACGACACUUUUCGGGGUUCCUCCUCUGCCGUAAAUCAUGCGAUACUUUGAGAGUGUUUCUUGUACGGAAAGGACAAAAAUCGAGGAAAAAACGGAGGAUCGCGAGCAUCUCUCGUCGAGGAGAGAGGUCUGCCACACCUGACUGUUUCUGCUCUGCCUCCGGUUGUGAGAUGAAAACUCGGACCAGAAAGAAACGGAUAAAAGGGCACAGAGCUGCAAAAGGACAUGUGGAUUUAACAGAGAAGAUAUACAAUUAAAGUGGGGCCCAAAACAACCCUUAGCGGGUGACAAUCACAACCUUGGGAAUGCCAAAGAUCAAGAAAAGGUCUUGCAACCUGUGGAGAUCUAUAGCCGUUGGUUUAGAGUAGCAUGACAGUGAUUUGAUUUGUUAUAAAUCUUUUUUUUCCACUUAAAUGUAUUUAUUGUGAGAAAUAUCUGUAUUGAGCGCCUGAACUCUGGAUCAGAUACAGGACAAUAAAAGCACACCCCUACUUGCUGGUUACCCCAAUUCUGACCCUAUACAGUCAUGGGCUGCCUUCAGAGUAUCGCCUGUAAGCCACGCAUUAAGCGUGAGAACAUUGUCGUUUAUGACCUUUCAGCUACAAUUGACCAUUGCCCGACAGUAAUCGAGGAAAACUCACCCAUAGUGCUCCGCUACAAAACGCCAUACUUCAAGGCCUCCGCCCGGGUAGUGAUGCCCCCAAUCCCUCGUAAUGAAACUUGGGUGGUGGGUUGGAUUCAAGCGUGCACUCAAAUGGAGUUCUACAACACUUACGGAGACCUUGGCAUGUCAAGCUGGGAGUUGCCCGAGUUAAGAGAGGGACUCGUGAAAGCCAUCAGCGACUCGGACGGCGUAAGCUACCCAUGGUACGGAAACACUACGGAAACGGUGACCCUCUCCGGACCCACAUCCAAGCCUUCGCGCUUCAUAGUUAGCAUGAAUGACAACUUCUAUCCUAGUGUAACGUGGGCCGUACCUGUGAGCGAGAGCAACGUGCCUUUGUUAACACGGAUCAAACGGGAUCAGAGCUUCACCACUUGGCUGGUGGCUCUAAACAUGGCCACACAGGAGAAGAUCCUUCUCCAAACAGUUAAGUGGAGGAUGAAGGUGGACAUCGCAGUUGACCCCACCAAGCCGCUGGGCUCCCGAGCGAGACUCAUUGGACGGCUGCAUCAGGACCAACCCAAGGUGUUGACCCACAUGGAGCCCAUCCCAACUAACGCUCUGGGCAACCCAAACGCCAAUGAUGCCCAAGUGUUGAUGUGGAGACCCAAGCGAGGCCCACCGUUGGUAGUCAUCCCAUCUAAGUAGCAGGUGAUGAGAAAACAAGCUAAACCAGGAGCAGUAGACAUCUGUAAAUCAAUGACAAUUCACAAGUAAAUUUGCCUUAAUCCACACUGAUGCCUUUAAAUAGAUACUUGUUUUCUAAAUUGUCUUUGAGACACUAAACUCUGAUAUGUCCAUAUGCCUUAAAACCUCUUUGGACUCUUUAAAGAACUAAAGAGAAAAACCAGUCUUAUAUGCCUAAAGGCUGUUGAUAUUAGGAUAUUAUAGAGCAGAGUUUCUCAUUCAAUUUCUAAAGCCCCCAAAAACUCUUGCAACAUCUACAAAGAUCUGGAUUAAACAGCAUGUUUAAAGAUUUUUUUGAUUCAUUCAACCCAAUACAAUCAGGAUAGUAAAUUGCUUACCACCCUGCCAUUUUUUAAGGUUUUAUUAAUAUACUGCAAAACACAUUUUAAUACAAUGUAACCAAAUGUUUCCAUUGCAGUCAAAUACACUUAAAUCAUACUUCACCCAAAAAUGAUAAUUCUGUCAUCAUUUACUUGCCAUCAGAUCCAAACCAGAUAUUUGGAACAAUAUCAGACAGUAUGGGAAAUAAAUACUAUGAGAGUCAAUGGGGCAUGCGACCUGACAUUCUUCUAAAUAUCUUCCCGUGUGUUCAUCAAUACAAAGAAACGUAUACAGGUUUGGAUCUGAGGGCAAGUAAAUGAUGACAGAAUUUUCAUUUUUGAGUGAAGUAUCCCUUUAAGUCAAUGUGUUAAUACAACUGAUCUGUCCAAUCGAUUUCGAUCUCAGGACUAACUAUAAAAUAUGCCAAAGAAACUUUAAACUUUAAAAAACAAUUAUCGGAAAAUGUGUUUCACUGAAUCACAUAUAUGUUUCACAUUUAAGUAUUUUAAAAGUAAAUUGUAAUAUUAAAUUUUCUCCAGAUUAAUGUUUAUGUAGGUAGGAUUUGUUCAAUUGCAGUCUUAAAAAUAACGGUGCUGAAAAAGGUUCUUACCAGAGAUCCCAUAAAACAACCAUUUUUGGUUCCUUCUUAUAUUGCUAAAUAAAUCAUUUAUUUAGUACAUAUUUAUAAAGAACCUUUAUGCACGACAUAACUAUUCGGUAAAUAUAUUUGUGAUUGUUAAAGGUUAUUUAUGGAACCAAACAAGCAAUAAUGGUUCUUCUAUGGCAUUGUUUAGCACCUUUAUUUUUAAAAGUGUAGUGAGACCUCUGAAAUGUGAAGUGCAGGGGGGUCUGUACCGUUAUUCAGCUUCAAUAAUUCAGUAUCUUUAACUGAUUUGAGCUUUGACUCAGUGAGGUUUUAACUGCUAACGCCAGAAAAACAUUCUCGUGUGAAACAAAAGGCUCCUGUUCCCUACAAAAGGAACAUUUGGACUACACAGGAGCGGUCUCAGAAAGCGGCAAGCUACACAUGCUAAUUAAAGAUACACGCUAUCAAAAAAUGGAAAUAGUACAAAAUUAAGAAUGUGCAAAUUUUUUAAUUACCCUGAAACUGUGAUUCCAGUUUAACUCAAAGUCGACGAUUAAAAAGUCCCACCUUUGCAUAAGGAGACCGAAGCUCCUACCACUGUAUCAGUUUGUUAUUUAUAAUAGCAGGGAAAAAAACAUAUAUUAGGUCCACCAAUAACAACCUGGAUUUGCAUACCGCUGCAGUGUUUGCAACCUGGAAGCCUAAAGACUCCUGAGGCCUGAAGGUCUAUGCAUAACUCCAAAACAUGAAGCUUUGGUGGAAAUGUCUGGAGCUACAAAAUCCCAGUCCUGCACAUGUGGGAACGAAGGCAAAAAGUAAGAUUUCCACUAUUUUUAACUCCCAGGAGAAAACCGUCCAGACCUUCCUCCUGAUAUCAUACACAAAGGCCUUUAUUCACAUUCAAAAGCACAAAAAACACUCACCUGUUUUUCUUCAAAGGACCUCUCCUCUUCUGCCUCUCCAGUAACCAACACCGACACAAACUAAGCUGAAGUGACUUCUUGAUUAUACAAAAUAUAAAACUGUCAGCU